AUGACUGAAAGACAAUCAAAAACAACACAGGAAAGACAUGAGCGUAUACUGAACGAACUUGUCAAGAUGCCAGGCAAUGAUCUUUGUGCAGAUUGUGGAACAAAGAAUCCUCGUUGGGCAUCUUACUCACUUGGUGUCUUUCUUUGUAUUCGUUGUGCUGGUAUACAUCGUAAAAUGGGUACUCAUAUAUCCAAGAUAAAGUCUAUUACCAUGGAUCAAUGGACUGUCGAACAAAUAGACGUAAGAGACACAAAAGGAAACUAUGCUCUUAUUAACUGUGCUAUUUAG